GAAGGACCUGGGCUGCCUUUAUGAAAGAUGGCGGCGGUGAGGUUGAGGCAGAUUAGCCGGUUUCUGACCUCCAGGAUACACUUGGGGCAACAAGUCAAACAGUUACGUUACACCAAGCAAUGGAAUAGGAUGGGACGUCAAAACUUUCUGCUAUCGUUGCCUUCAUCUUUUGCUCCCUCAAGAAGUAUGUUUAUUCAAACCCAGGACACGCCAAACCCGAACAGCUUGAAGUUUAUCCCUGGCUGUCCAGUGCUGGAAACGGGAACCAUGGAUUUCUCUGCGCCCCGCAGUGCCUCUUGCUCCCCGUUGGCCAGGCAGCUGUUCAGAAUCGACGGAGUGAAGGGAGUUUUCUUUGGGCCUGACUUCAUCACCAUCACCAAGACAGGCGACGACGUGCAGUGGAAGCUCCUCAAACCCGAUGUCUACGCCACCAUCAUGGAUUUCUUUGCAUCAGGUCUUCCUGUGGUAAGAAGUGAAGAUCUGCCUUCCGAUACAGCUCCUUCAGAGGAAGAUGAUGAAGUUGUGGCCAUAAUUAAAGAAUUGUUGGACACCAGAAUUCGGCCGACUGUUCAAGAGGAUGGGGGUGAUGUGAUUUACAAAGGGUUUGAAAAUGGCAUCGUGAAGCUGAUGUUGCAGGGUUCCUGCACCAGCUGCCCGAGCUCCAUCAUUACACUGAAGAGUGGAAUUGAAAAUAUGUUGCAGUUCUAUGUCCCAGAAGUGGAAGGUGUUGAGCAGGUUGUAGAUGAAGAAAAUGAAAAUGGGCUUUUGUGAAUUGUUCCAGUUAAGUCCAAGCAUAACCCAUAGUCUGAUCAUUAUGCUUCAAUCAAGAGGUUGUCUGUUGUCGUUGUGCACCUGAACAAGUGAUGAGAUUAAUGUUUUACCAAGCUGUAGUGUAAUAUAUUUUGCAAUAAAGAAUUUUAAGCUCUUUGA